AGUUCGCACAGAAAACUUUGAAAAGUUUGUUUAACUGGAGUUAGCAGGCUUUCCCGUUUGUGCAAGAGGGAAUCCCAUCUCAUGAAAAUGCCAUCAUACGCGCUUAAUCAAUUUCUUGAUUUGGAAGAGGUUAUGUGCAAGCAUCUUCUGAGCCUGGACCUCCGGGAUGCAUCCAAGCAGUCAACUUUUCCAGUGAGACCUGUUGGUUACAAUAAGCCCCGGACCUCCUGUUCCCUCUCUGCAUCUAGCUCUGUCCUCUCUACAGACUCCACAGAAAGUGCAACCAUGACCUCCUGCCACUGGGGGCAGAACACAGAUGCCUCACUUCCAUCCAGAUUGAACAAGAUGUCAUUCUGGGCUGAGCGCUCGGUCAGCAUGGUGGAGCCCAGCACGUGCACCCUAGGCUGGGCCUCUACAGAACCUAAACAGCCCCCAGCCUCCCCUACUGGUGGCCCUGUCUCUGGGUCUCCCACCUCUUCACGCUAUAAGACUGAACUGUGCCGCACCUUUGCUGAGAGUGGCAUCUGUAAGUACGGGGGGAAGUGCCAGUUUGCCCACGGCUUUGAUGAGAUGCGUGACCUCAACAGACACCCCAAGUACAAGACGGAGCCUUGUCGCACCUUCCACACCAUCGGCUUCUGUCCAUACGGCAUCCGCUGCCACUUUGUUCAUAACAACGAGGAUGACCUGGGCCCUGCCAGGCCUGGUCCCCAAGCCCCCCGCUCCAGACGACCCCCUCUACUUAGGCAGAGCUUCAGCUUCUCAGGCUUCCCCUCUGCCCCUCCACAGCCCCUGAAGCACUCCCACCCCUUCCUACUCGCGCCUCCAGUUUCCCCUCCUACCUCAGCUGACAUCACCGACCUACUCUCCCACGCCUUCUCUGAGGUGGACUGUGUCUUUGAGCCGGCCUGUGAUCUCCAGUCUCAGUUUCUCCCCUCUCCUGACUCGGGCUGUUCCCUCUGUGGACUGUCCCCUGUGCCUUCCCCCUCCCAGAACCCCUGUACCUUAUCAGAGGGCUGCGGCCUGCAGCAGAGCCAGAGUCCCCCCUGUGGGCCUGCUCUCYMMGCCAGYAGCCUCUCCUARACCUCKCUGUCWGACCACGAGGGUGGGUGUGGCAGCUCAGCCAGCAGCCUCAGUGGGUCUGACUCCUCUGGUCCAGAUGGGUCUGGUCGGCGGCUGCCUAUCUUCAGCCAGCUGUCAGUGCCUGACGAGUGCUGCAGCGGCACUAGCUUCUUCCUCUAGUUAUGAUGGUCUCCUCAAACCUUCCCCGACCAACGUGACUCUUGUCUUGUCCAUUGAAAGACUUGUGUAUUUGUUUUUUAAAGAACCUUGCAGCAGUAUUACAAUAGUGUACUGUUAUUGUACGGCAGAUGCUUGACAAACGAAUGUGCUUCAGUUAAGCUCAAGCGAAAUUAAGCUGUACAAUUUGAGGUCGACGUCAACAAGGCAAGGUGUCGGAGUUGAGUUGCACUGACCAUUUUAUCAAAUUGUGUGAUUGGUGCUGGAAGUCCUCAUUUCCUGCCACCUUACUAGUCAUGUAAAUGCCAGUUUGAGGACCAAUGAAUUAAUAUUAGAAUGUUAAAGCCAAAGACCAGGAUACAAAUCCAUUUCUGCCAGGCUAGAAGAUUUCCCCAUAUGAAUGUUGGUUGACUAAUGUGAUAUUUUGUAUACUUGCAACGGGGUCUUUAUUCACUGUUCUUCUGACUGGGCUUAAAUGUACCUUUUCCAAAAACCCAGUUUAGUUUUUAAAAUGACUUCAGUGCCUAUAAACCUUUUUUAAUUUUUUUGGGGGAAACUGCAAUUUUCAUUGUCAGUUGCAGGGGGACCUUUUCUUUUUUAGAUGAAAGCUUAAAUCGGUUUCCUAACUUUACUUGGCAAGGUGGCUUGUGAGGAAUUAAUAAUUGUUUUCUCACAUGUUUCUGUGAUCUCUGCAAAUAUGUUUUUGAAGUUGUAUGUAGAUGUUCUGAAGACUCGCCCAAGGGUACAGUGUGUAUCCCCUGUGUAGUGGACUCUGCAUGUAAUCCCUGAUUUUUAGCAGAAAAAUAAAUGGCACCGUGCUAUGAUUAAACUGGGUUGCUGUUGAAAUCUGAUUCUAAUGAGUUGGACCUAAACUGCACCUGGUUCAGUAGAUUCAAUUGCAGUGUCUUUCGGCGAUCAAAUGGUAGCUGUUUUGGUAGUUGGUUCUGAGUGGAUGCUCUUUUUGCAUUCCGUUGUAUUUAAAUGCUUUUUUGACAAACAUGUUUCAAGCUUGUUUUAGUGUUAAUGGAUCUUCAGUAAAUUAAGUUUAAUUUAUUUUAAUGUAUUUAUCAAACUUUUGGGGUUUUGUAUUAAGUUUCAUAUUUUUUUGUACCAAAAAAAAUUAAAUUAAACCAUGUUUAGUCUCUUACAAUGAUUGUAUUUCCACUGUCUUUGAGGUGUUUGGGGGAAAUCUGUAUGUAAUGUUUGCGUCUGUGAAAUGCAGUGCUGAAUUUGUCAUGCCACCAUCGGGGUUUGAGAAAUAUUAUCGACUGUAUUCACAAAUGAACAUGCCUCUUCAAAUUGUGAUGCGUUGCUCCAAAUAGCUUGUGUAGUGGCACAUUUSAGAAACUCUUGGUUUGGUCGAGUGAACCUGGUUAUAGCCCAACGGCUUUCUGUGGGACGGUUGUUUCAUUGUAAAGCCACUCCACAAAACACUACCCACAGCUUACUCUGUAGGCUACUGUAAUAGGGGACUACUCUUUCAGUUUGAAUAAGUUCUGUUAUUCACAAGUGUUUGUGUGCAUAGGGAGGGGGUAGUCAAACGGCUCAGAUUUCAUAUGGAGAUAAGAUGGCUUUUGUUUCAUCCCUGAUCUUUACACCCCUCUGCUUACUCCCUGAAAAGCAAUGACGCUGAAUGCCUUCAGAUGACAGCUGACGCCAACAACUGCUGUGUUGUUUGUGUGGCUGCUACUUUAAAGAUGACAAAAAGCUAAUAGUAGCCAAUAGUGACACCAUCUCUAUAGUGGAGUUGCUGUAGGAGCAGUUACGCUUCUACUCCUGUUUCCACAACGAAGAGACAAUUACUUUCAAUUAUGUCAAAUGAAUGAUUUCCAAUAUGUUUUCUCCCCCUUUUAUGUUGCCCUCCAUUUCCAAUGAGUCAAAGCAACAGCAAAAAAGAAUCGGAGCACAAUAAAAGGAAACCUGAACUCACAUCAGUUAGCAGUUCAGUAAUGAGAAACUUAGUUCAUUUCCUUGUCAGUGCGACAAUGGGAUGACUGCCAUUGAGGAAGGGGUGGCCGGGAAUGGGUUUAAAAAAAAAUGUCUGACUGUUCUCCAUUGUGGGGAUGAGGGGGAUUCUCCCACAUCGCGCCCAGUGAGUUUGUACAAUGGCAGGCCCAUUCUCACACAGCCACGGAUCAUCUGGAGGACGGAGCAGAUGGCUGCAUUCAUGGGGACCACGGGUCAAACAUAUGGUCCUGGAUAGAAAGGAAUAUAUUUUGGAGGGAGGGGAGUAUGUGUCCAUGCCUCAGCACUAUAUCCCAUGGAGAUGAAGAGGUCUAAACACAUGAACGACUACAGAACGUUUCCCAGUGGCUUACCCUGAAUGGCCUGGUGUAACAUGACCUCCUUGUGGAUGCUGCUGGUGUUUUUUMGGGGGAAAAGUUAUGAAAAAGUUAUUUUCUGUUCAUGCUUUUGUACCUUUUGGUGUUUUCAUUGAGGAAAAAGUGUCCUUGUCACAUCAGUACUUGGCGCAUGUUGACAUGCUCAGAAAGUGCGCUGAAAUGUCUGCAUAUUUACACGCCGCAGAGGCGCUUCAAACAUACGUUCCUGUUAUUAUUUACUGAUGUUUAUGUAUGUUUGAUCAGAACAACGAUUUCCACAAAAGGUUUAUCUAAGGCCGUUCCCUCCGUUGUAACCCAACUCGUGUUUUUGUUCAAACUCAUGUUAUUUUUUUGAGCUACAUUGAAAUACUGCGUUGUUGGGUGUGGAGCUUGAAAGAAAGGCAUUUCACUGUACUUGUGCAAGUGACAUUAAAACUUGAAACCGGUCCAA